ACAUUUAUCUGCAGUCAGUUAUUGUUUAUAAUAACAGCUACACAGUCGGAGCUCGUGGUAUCAGUAUAUUGAAUUUUAUUUGGUGAAGAAUAGUUCUAACGAUGUCGAUAAAAACGUUAGCAAGAGCACUCAGUAUAAAACGCGAUAAAGGGAUAACAAGUAAGUACAUAUAUAUUGAUUAUAUCUCGGAUUAUAUAUUGGUAUUCUAUAGAUAAUAGGCUAUAGCGCUAUAUCGAUAUAAUUUCGAACAGCCAGUGAUAGCACUAGUGUAAGUAGAAGAGAUACAGUUGCCUGAAAAAUACAAGGAAAAUUUCGAGGUUUCGAGCGAAUGCCCUUCGUUGGAAACUCAGUUGGAAACGUGGAAUGCUUAUACUUUUCAGGUCAAGCAAUUACAUGUGGGUAUAUGUAUAUUCAUAUAUUGAAUCGUUGAUUGACCUUAUAUUUGGUGAAUUGGGAUAAUAUUAAUUUGCUCCCGUAACAGUAUCAGCGUAUUAGGACAUAUAAAACGGUUACUGAAUCCAACUGAUAUUUACCGUAGUUCAGUACUAUAAAUCCGAAUUCUUUGUUAGACCGAGUGAAAUUUACCAUAUAUGCUGCACGCGUCCCUAAAUAACGAUCGUAGUAAAUGGUCAUAAUUAGUUUGAACGCUCGGUGCUAUUGUGUAGCUAGCAAGGAUACGCAGAGACGGAAAUACAAAAAAAUAUAAAAGAAAAUAUAAACAGGACUUGGACCGCAAGCGAAGGGCACUUCGGUCGGGAAGUUAGAGUUUUGGUAGCCUUACGUCAUAGACUCGAUUCAAGCUGGAGUCUAGUAGAGUCUAUGACUAUGACCUCUGGACUAUGACUAUAUGACUAUGACUAUAGCAUGUCGUAAGGCUUAGGGCUUUCGCUCGAAAACGUCGAAGUUUUUCAGGAGGUACAGUUGUAUGGUAACUGUUUAUAAUUAGCUUAUAUAGCAGUAUUGAUAAUAUUUUAGAAAAUGAGGCCAAUACAUCAUAAAUCAUGAUAGAGUAGAAAUACAUUUUGCUAGUCAAGUCUGCGGUCUAGACAAGGCGCGUUCUUUCGAGAACAAUAUUCGAUGUCUCAAUUUUAUCUUUGUGACAGUUUAAUUACGAUGACUUGCAGGGUGAGACUGAUGCGUUUGAAUAUUGUAUAUGCAUUGAUAUCGGUAGCUCGAAUAGCGCCAUUUUGAUAAUAUUGUAAAAUAUCAAAUUCUCAAAACUUCAGUUACUUUUGUGGUGAAUAUCAUCGAAAAAUUCAACACUAUUUAAGUAGCUACGAAUACUCACUUCAUUACUCCCAUGGAACCAAAUUUUGUUACAUUAUGGGUCAAAGGGAAAAGUUGAGAUUCAAUGAACAAUGGUCAAACAUUUUCGCUACUAGUUCGCUUAGAAAUAGUAUCAAAAUUGCAGGCAACAUCUUCAGAACAAUAUAAAGUUAUCCUAUGUGUACAAACGCUUUUAUAUACAGCGAAAUAAACGUUUUUAUACCGCUGUAUAAAACGUACACAUAUUUUCGUGACUUAGUCUUAGAGAAAAAUCACCUCUUGACAAAUUCCGGGUGCCAUCAAGUUUAGCUUGUCCUGUUUACGAAAGAGGGUUAAGUUUUGAAGCAUGUAGUUUUACAAGCACGCGUGCAAAAUCCACAGAAAUAUAAAGAAAUAUAAAAAAAAAAUACGGCAGUCGAUAAUCGUCCUGGAUUCAGACUUGAAAUGUUUAAAAAGCUAAAGUUGAAAGACUAUAAGCUAUCGUCAAAAAACGUCGGCGAAAAUGAGGAUAUGCUAGGAAUUAAGUGAAUGUUUGACUUCAAGUAGGAAAUAAUUGACAAAUUUCUAUUAUAUUGUUCUAUUUAUACAAAAUCAUUAAUGUUACCAUUGUUCUUUACAUCUUGGAGAUAAAGAGAUAUUAGGAUUGCGUCAUUUCGCAUGACGGAACUAGCGGAAGGAUACAUCACUACGUUUUAGAGCCGGCUGUCUUGCUACAACUGGCUGAGACUUAAAAUACAUUUGGCUACCAUACAGAUAUUUUUGCCGUGCAUAAAAACAGGAAAACAGAACAGCGAUGCCUGUUCAAAAAAUAAUUAUAUGUUGGAACUCAAGUGUCAAAAAUUACAGUUUUCUUAUACCUAUAUUCAGGCACUUUUCCUCGAAAAUAUUAUCGACCCAGUAAUGGCUAAUUUUCUUAGUUUUGACAAGUAAAAUCAUCUGGCGUUGGUCCGUUAGAGAGAAUUAGAAUAUAUAACAUAACAAAGUAUACAUUGUAGCUUUAAGUACUAGAUAAAACAUGAGCAGCCGAUCUGUAUCUGAUAAUGAAACUCGAGCUGAAGGCGAGAGUUUGUAUAUCAGAUACAGAUCGGAUGCGAAUGUUUUAUCGUACUUAAAAAAUGACCCAUCUUAUGAGUUCAUUGGCGAAGUAAUUUUAAAAAUAAACAUUGUCUAUGUCGAGAAAAUCAAAGCUGAACCUUAUGUAAAUCAGGACAAAUUUGUAUCCGAUUUACAAACAUUGAUUAAACAUUCAUUUCUUUUGUAUUUUGAUUAUUAAUGAAUUUUACGUUGGGGCAUUGCAUUAUAUUGCAGCUAAAAUUAACCAAGGUCGGAUUUUAAAAAUUUGGCGGAAAUUGUGGGGGAUGCUGAAGAAAUGAGGGGAGGUGCAACAGUCCUGGUGGACUGCCUCACUGCAUGAGAUGUUGGGCUGAGGCCAACUACGUACGUGACCUAUGCAUAUACUAUACAUAUAUGUAUUUACCUACUACAUUGUAUGUAUUAGGGACCGGUCAUUAUUUAUGGCGGGGGGUGGCACCGAAGAGAAAAUGGUUGGGUAAACAAAAUUUUGAGUGAGUAAAAGGUUGGGUAAAUGAAAAACGAAACAGCUCAAAGGUUGGGUAAUAGAAAUUUAUUGUCAUUUCCAAAGCAUGACUCACUCAAAUAUUGAAGACUGAAAACUCCAAUGUCAACAGUCAUAUGUCAAUACAAUAUGUGAAUCAAUCAGAGUCACUAUCUUCAUCAUUUUCCGAUUUAUUGAGAGACAAAUGGUGUCACCAAAGAAAGGAAAUGUGCAGACAACAUGAAACUUUAGACUGCAGAAAAGUCAGUGAAUUUCACAAGCCGAACGUUAUUAAACUCGUAUCACAGAGUGGUAAAGGACAUGUCUGACAACUGAAUGACAUCCUUUUGUAAUGUUUUUGGCCAGGGGUGCGUAUUUAUUUUUUAAAUGAUACUUGAGGUUGGGUAAUCAAAUUUUUUAUUUUUUAAUGGUUGGGUCAGCAAAAUUUUUGCCACGAAAAACAUUUCUCUUCGGUGCCACCCCCCCCACCAUAAAUAAUGACCGGUCCCUUAUACAGAUGUAUCAAUGAUUCAAGAAGACUACAACUGUAUGACGCUUUGGAUUUUGCCCCUCGUUACAACACUAUAAAGUUUCUUCCAAAACAUUGCAUUAAUUAAAAGGGUACAAUUUAUACAGAGAAUAAAAAGGGUAUUGAAAAGGGUAUUAAAAGUAUAAUUGUGUAAAAUUAAUUGAGAAUAUAAAUUAGUUAAAAGUAUAACACCACGUAUAACGGCGACAUUUUAUAAUUUUGUGGGUAUGUGAUGGUAAAUUUACUCUGUAAAUACUUAGUUUGUUCAGAAAUAUUGCUUUUCACAUUGUUAUGUAUAAUCGUUUACGAAAAAUGACAGUACCCCAAAAAUGGCGGCGUGAGAAAGGCUAAUCAGUUGAUACAGAGACGAAUGACGAUCACCUUUUGAAUUUUAUACUGAAAAACAUUGCUACAACGCGUAGACCCUAAGGCAGCGUUUACACUGUACCGUUUUCGUAGCGUUCUCGUAUUGUUCGAGAGAACUAGACUAUUGUCUUGCGUUCCCUUGAGGAUUAAGAACAAUACGAGAACGCUACGCUACAAGAACAAUAUUAAGAACAAUACGAGAACGCUACAUACAAAAUGUUGUAACAAACAUUAAAAAAUCAUUAAUAAUUCACACGAAAAAAUUUUGACUUCCGUCACCGCUACCCCUGUUAACCAUCAGAUGCAUUUAAUUUACCCACUUAUAAUAACCAACCAAAUGCGUAUAAAACCUGGUUAGUAUAGUCAAGUCUCAACCUUUCUACAGUAACCGGACAAACGCCUUUGACAAAGGAUUUUGGUCAAAAUAAGAAUGAACGUUAAUUAAAUCAUUUCCUAUUAUAUGUUUUACCGUAAGAAAUUUAUUUUUGGAAAGGUAUUAUUAUAAUAUUCACUAAUGGCACGCGAGUUAAGACAACUCUUUGAAUUUAACAAUACAAGCUGCCAAGUGGCUACCUUUUCCUUAUAUACGCCCACACUUCGAAAUUUUGUUUCCAAACAAUCUGAACUUCUAAUAUUGGCUUCAUCUAGAUUGUUACUAAAUCUCGUGAUUUUAAUGACUUCUUGUUCUGAUUCUAAAAAUGACAUCGUAUAUUGGGUUUCUUUUAUCAUAAAGAGCACUCGCCCUUCCGAAACCGCAAGACACAUGACAACAUGCUUGCCUACAUAUUAUAUAUUUUAUAUUAUAAAGUGUAUAAUAUAUUAUUACUGACAGUACAAACUAGAAACUGUGUGGGGUUCAAUGCACGAAGCCGUAGGCUGGACUGACGCUAGCCAAGUAAAGCGCGCAAUUAUUAGCCAUUCCGAAGUUGAUGAGUGGACUGGGGACGAGUGUUAAAAAGUGCCCAAAUUAAGAAAUGAACCAAAUCACUAAAAAGACCACCUCAAAAUUAAUAAGUAUACAAAGUUUGAAGACGUUUACAUGAAUACCCUUUGAAUAAUAAGCUUUUGAAAAUCGUGAUAUUAUUUACUAUGAAAUGUAUUGUAAUUUUUGUUUUUGGGACGCACGUCCCAAAAACAAUCUUUUAAUCAGUAAUUUCACAAUUUUCAAAAGCUUAUUAUUCGAACGGUAUUCAUGUAAACGUCUUCAAACUUUGUAUACUUACUAAUUUUGAGGUAGUCUUUUUAGUAAUUUGGUUAUUUCUUAAUUUGGGCACUUUUUAAUACUCGUCCCAGUCCUCUCAUCAACUUCGGAAUGGCUAAUUGCGUUCGACGAAGGAGAACGCUUCCUAAUCGUGACGUCACGGCUGGAUGCUGUGUCCUUUUGAGAUUUUUUGGAUGUAACAUUUGCCUCGCUUUCGUGUUCAUGGCAUUUGCCUCGGUUUCCGGUUUCGUGCGGCGUCUUUGUGUUCCCAUGUGCUUUCCAUAUUUUGCGAAGACAGAAGGAGAUUUUAGCUGUUGUUUUGGGGUUUUUCCUGCGGUUUAAUGUAAGGUAAUCGGUGGUGUUGUGUUAUUUUUAUUACACUUAUCAAAGGUACUUACCAAAGCAUCAAGAAUUUGUCUUAUGGUGUUUUAUCGACUGGCAAUCCGACAUUUCAAUUUGCUAUCUUUUUAAAUUGUCAGCUAGAGUUCACAGAUUUAACUUGAGUUCGCUCUGCUUAAUAAAGGGUUUGGAUGCAUGUCCAGUAUAUUCUCUUUGGUCAUUGAAUGUUGAUGAAGUAAACGUUGUUAAGCAUUUUAAUUUGCAGAGCUGUGUCAUAGAAUAAAGAUCUGUGGCUGUGUUGAAAAAUACGAGUUUUAAUUAAGCAUGACAAUUGACAAAUAAAUACACAAAUCCCAGUUUGGCUAUAGUAUACUAGGUGGACAUACAAAUAUACAAAUCCCAGUAAUUUUGUUGACACAAUGAACCUAAUCAGUAAUCAUAAUAUUCAUAGACAAGCAGAGCGAAGUUUUACUGACGAAUUCAGCUGUAUUUUUCAUGAACAUUUCUUGCCAUGUUUGACCCGUGCUACCAAUGAAAUUUCUGAUGCUUUUAUAAAUUAGUCAGUUGGAACCUUUGUGUUUAUAUGGAAGCUGGGCUGGCCCGCUUAGUGAGACCAUGGAUAAUAAAAUAAAUUUAUUUUAUUAUCCAUGGUGAGACAGCCUGGUAAGCGGGAUGAAUUUCUAUUUCUCUUGUGUUAACAAUUUUAUUGUUUUGACAGUUGUUAAAAAUAGCUUGUGGCGGUAUCUUUGAAUUUUCAUCCCUGGAACCGGGCUAGCCUGCUUAUGAGUAUUAUAUGAAGAAAUGUCCAUCCCGGUAUGCGAGAUCUCACCUCUUUAAAGUGAGAUAUCGGCAACCGGGCCAUCCCGCUUGUAUUCAGCAAAUAAUAACAGCAACUUGCAUUGGAAUAUUUUGUUCGCUUAUAGUGAAUAUAGUGCCAUAUAACUGUGAAAGUUCACCUGGUGACUGCUUUUUUGCAUCCUCAGGACAUGGUCUUUAUAAAAAUCCUAAUUUGCCAUCUUGAUAUUCGUAGUGCAGGCAUUACACAUUUAAUGCAUAAUCCUGAGUUAUAAAUAGAGGAUAUUACACGGCGGCAUGAAGAUAUGACUUUUAUCUUUGAGUGGUGAAAACAAUAUUUUAUGAACGAGUUACGAACGAGUGCAGCGAGUGAGUAAAAUAUUGUUUUUAACACGAGAAGAUAAAAGUCGUAUCUUCAAGCCACCGUGUAAUGUUCUGUUUAUUAUAUAGUCCCAAGCAAAAAAAUGUAUAAAUACUAAGUCAUGUGAUCGAUAUCUUCACUAGUGAAGAUAUGGGUAUCUUCACUAGUGAAGAUGGGGAAAUAUCUCACUGUGUAUUUUUUGUAUCUUACUCUCUACUAUACUGUAUAAUAAAUUGAAAAUAUUUUAUGGGAAAAUUAUGUUGAAGAAAUGUCACAACCUGGAACAUGGUAUCAUUAUCAAGCAGGAGCAAAUGCUUUAAGCUGCACUAUUCAUAUUACUGAUUCCAGUCCAAAUGCUAAUGCAACCAUUUUAAACCCUUUACACCAGGGGCACAAAAUUCUAUUUAGUUGAGUUGCAAGGCCUAUAAACUCAAACUGAAGAAAUGCUCAUACCUCCAGCUCGCCUAUAAUUAGGGUUUAUAUCAUAAACCAGGCAGGCAAAUGGGGGUAUUCAGGGCAUUGCAUUAAUUUGCCUUGAGCAACAUGUUGAAGAGCUUGCAUCAGUUUUGCCAAGUCAUCACAGGGUCUAUUAUUAUAGUUAAGAUAAAGGGUAAAGAUAACACAUUUAAGGAUAUUAAGGUCAGAAGUAAGAAAAAGUGCAACAUGCAUUAAUGCUAUAUAAAUGCUAGGGCUUUUGAGAAAUAAUCUACAUUAUAGUAAUGUGACUAUCAAUCAACAUUGCCGUAGAAUCACUCCCUAUUGGUAGUGUUCCAUCUGAUAUGACAGUUGAGUAUGAAAAUGAUACUUGGACACAUGAAGUAAUAUCGCCUGAUUUACAGUAGGCCCUUCCAGUGAUAACAUUGAAGACAAAGUUAAUGUACAGUGUGACAACAGAAAUGAAUAGCUUUAUGUGCCUGCCAGCCUGUGAAAAACAGUAAAAGAGAAGUAGAUGCAAGGAGAUAUUUGGACACAUGAAAUAAUAUCGCCUGAUUUACAGUAGGCCCUUCCAGUGAUAACAUUGAAGACAAAGUUAAUGUACAAUGUGACAACAGAAAUAAAUAGCGUAUGCCAGCCUGUGAAAAACAGUAAAGAGAAGUAGAUGCAAUAAAAAAUCAGUUGUUUCCAAAUGAUGGCAUCCGGCCCACUUUUGAUAACUACCCUAUGGUGCAAUAAUAACAUUUUGGACAACGUCUACUCUACACCGAACCUCUGUGACCGAACGCACUUCACUAAUCUAAGAUUAUUACUAGUUGUAGUACUACACUGACAGCAAAAACGCCAGCAAAGAAUAUGAUUUGUCUAAAAUGGGAUAGGAUCCCACAAAUAAAAAUAUUAUUUCCUUUGAACCGACGAUCUUAGGACCUGUUCAUAUGGGCAAAAGUUAUCCCGGUUAGCGAGAAAACUUUUCGACAAGUUUACAAGCGAGAUCUCGCCUUGGUAUGAAAAUAAUAUAAAAAGUUACACUGCGUUCAUACGAGACAAAAAGUUUUCCCGUGUGCCGAGAUCUCGCUUGUUGACAGGCGAGAUCUCGGUGACCGGGAUGUUUUUCCCAUAUGAACACAACUUUCCCGCUUAGCGGGAUAACUUUCUGUCUUGUCAGCAACUUUUCAAUUCAAUUGAUGUUCAGUGCCACGUCACAGCCGAAAACUUUACCCGGUAAGCGGGAUAAACUUUCUCCAUAUGAACAGAACAAAAGUAUUUGGCUAGUCGAAAAGUUUUCUCGUUAACCGGGAUAACUACUCCCCAUAUGAACAGGCCCUUAGAGCUCGGUGAAAGGCAGCAUUCACUAAACAUUGUUUCAUUUUAUUUUUUUAGUCAAACCAAGUCCGAAAAAGACGCUGAACAUUGUGAUAGUGGGCGAUGGAGAUACCGGCAAAACGUGCCUGCUCAUGGCGUUCAAGGGGCGACAAUUUCCCGGGGACUAUGUUCCCACCGUGUUUGAGACCUACACACGUGAUAUACGUGUCGAAGGCGAAAUUAUUGAACUUGGACUUUGGGAUACCGCUGGUCAAGAAGGGUACGAUCGCUUGCGCCCGAUGGCGUACCCACAUUGUGAUUGCUUCGUAAUAUGCUACGCCGUUGAUAACCCCGACUCGCUGUACAAUGUGAAGGAAAAAUGGCUCCCGGAAUUAGAACACUUCUGCCCUGAUGUGCCUAAAAUUUUGGUUGCGACCAAAAAGGACAUACGAAGGCGCACUCUGGCCAUAAUGGAUAUCCUGAACGGGAAUACAGCGCCUAGUAUAGUCAGUUAUGAAGAAGGGAUGUGUACGGCUGCUAUGAUAGGUGCGUCAAGAUUUCUGGAGACAUCGGCUCUGUGUAAUGACGGUGUCACAGAGAUGUUUAAUCAGACCGCUAGGGUAGCUUUGGAAGAAAGGGAAAAACAGAAGGAAAAGAAGGCGAAAAAGAAUGCUAGAUGCUGUAUAAUGUGAUGAUUUAUUGAGGGAUGUUAAAACGUCGUCUGAGAGGAGAAAGAUUGUUCCUUUAGAUUAUUCGGGGAAGAGUAUGCAGUGCAAGUAAUCUACGUUCUCUGCGAGACAACGCAUGCGUUAACAAUCUAUAGAAACUGUAUAUAUUAAGCGCAUCAAUAUUCAGAGAAUACAGUAAGCUGAGCUCUAUAUAUAUGUAUUUGGAGUAAUAUAUAGUACAAUGAGCUCUGUAUAAUUAUGUAUACCUGGAGUAAUGUAUUUAACGUAAAGCGAAAGUGACGAUCAUAAAGUCAAUGCAUGUGAAUAAUUAAUAUUUAUAUUUUGUAGUUUUAAAAUAUUUUUGUAACAUAUAUCGUAUUUAUAUAUUCAAUGUUGAAUAGUUACUUCAUGUACAGACGUAUAGUUAGCUAAUUGUGUGCAUUGGACUGUGUAUAUGUAAUAUGACAUUAUAUUUAUUAUAUAAAUCCUGUAAUUUAUAUUAAAUAAAAGUAACAACAAAACAAAUAAGCUUGUGAUAAAGUUAUAUUCAUUAUCAUAUUAACGACAAAUGCUUGCAGACCAACGAAUCACGAAUGAAAUGAUAAUACCUUAGGCUCAUUAGCAUAUGUGGCGCAUUGGAGUAACUGGAACAAGGCAGAAGCAAUGAAUCUGAUUUACACAAAUUAAGAAGCUGCUUGUUUAAUAAAAGUUGUACUAUAGUCUAACAUAUAAAUACCCCUAUAUAAAUAUUCUUGAUUAUAUAGUACAAAAUAAAAUUAAGAGUAAGUUCUUUUAAUCGAAAGGACACUGUUAUGAGUUACACAGAGCCUGUUUCAGUGGCGGGCUAGUCAUAGGCAUAGCAACAGGUCAUGCUAUGCAAAUUGUUCAUAGUAAUGAUUUGCAUUAAUAUUCAAACAUUUCAGUAGAAAUGUAUUGUCUUUAACAUGCAGACUUGUGAAGGUUUACUAACAUAACAUGACAGCUAGCUUCGCUACUGAGCACUGGCCUGUUUUUACAUCCGUAUAUUUACAUCUUGAAACUUUUUCCAAAUCGCCUAAUAUCUUCAUUGUCAGUCUUUCAAGAAAAAAUCCAUCAAAAACUCUAUAUAUCUUGAGUUUGAAAUCUACCAAUCUAUCGUCCUUUGAAAUCUAUAUAAGAGUUCACUUUUCCUCUUUAUUGUUCGCUUGUUCGCUUGUUAAUAAAACCAUCUGACUUUAAUAAAAUACCUUUGCUUUGUCGUUCCCUCUAUUGGAAAAAGCGUCAGAUCGACUAUAGUCUAUUUAUUUUGCUGAGUGUCCUGGAAGUAAGCCACGAAUCCCACCGCUGCUUCUCCGUCUACUGUUAUGCUUCUCAUCCUUAAUAUUUUUCAAAACAGCUUUAACUGCUUCUGCAAAAACACCGUUAACACCAUUCUCGGAAAGAGCCGAACAUUCCACGAAAGCAUUCGCCCGCGAUUCAUCGGCUAAACACAUGCCUUCCUCGUAAUUUACAAACUUCUGCUGUGUGAGUCCAUCAGAAGAACCGUUUGGGAUUAGGCUAGCACGUGGUCGCGAAUCUUGUUUCGUGCCCACGAUAACAAUAGGAGCACUCGGAGGGCCAUAUCUUUGAAGUUCCGGCAGCCAAACCUUCGAUACAUUCUCGAAGCUUUCCCGACUGUUCACCGAGUAACACACGAUGAAUGCGUGACAGGUCGGAUACGCCAGCCUUCGGAGGCCAUCGUAUUUCGCUUCGCCAGAGGUAUCCCAAAGACCCAGCUCGACUUUGUGGCCGUCAACCUUUAACUUGUGCGAGAAGGUUUGAAAAACGCCGGGUACUUCUUUGUCAGGUGACAGUUUUCCGUCUUUUAAGGCGCACAAUAAAGACGUCUUCCCAGUUUGGCUGUCACCAACAGUCACCAUGUUAAAAAAAUCUUGAAAAUCAAUA